AUGAACAAGCCGGUGAACGCAGCAAGCAGUGUCCCUCCUGUCCUGUUCCUGGUGAUAGCCAACAUCUCCAAGCGCUGCAACAUUCGCUCUCUCAUCGCGUCGGCGGUGGCCUUUCAAGCAGAAAUUCUCAUUGUCGGCCAGCCGAAGUUCUCCAUCGAGACGCACGCUCCGAGAGGCCUCCCCCCCGGGAUAACCUUCACGAGGUUUUCGGACCUGCCGUCGUGCCGGGACUACGUGCACUCGAGAGGGGGCACGCUGAUUGGCGUCGAGAUCGGGGGGGGUGCGAGGAACAUCGACGAGGAACCAUUCCUGGGAACGUGCGCGUUCAUGCCCGGAAACGAGGCAAGUAUUAGUUAG